UCGUGUUUCUCUUCUGGCUUCCAAGUUUCCUGCAGAAAAUUAGAUGGUUAUCCCUCCACCUGUUAGACCACCAAGAGUUGUAAAAUUCCUAAAGCCGUAUGUCCUGAAGAUGCAUUUCACAAACAAGUAUGUUAGUGCCCAAGUUAUCCAUGCUCCCACUGCAACUGUGGCCUCAGCGGCAAGCUCACAGGAGAAGGCCCUCAGGACAAGCAUGGAAUCUACUCGGGACGUGGCAGCUGCUGCCAAGAUUGGGAAGAUACUCGGGGAACGUUUGCUGCUCAAAGAGAUACCUGCUGUUUCCGCUUUCUUAAAGCGAGAACAGAAGUAUCAUGGUAAAAUCAAGGCUGUCAUAGAUUCUCUGAGAGAUGCAGGUGUCAAAUUGCUUUAAGGUUAGAACAAUUUUGAAACAUCAUUUAGUCUGCCAGACCUGUGCUUAUUAUUGGUUCAUCUUUGUUCCGGAAAUGAUAAGUGAACUACAUCCAAGGAAGGAUACAUUUUCGGUUUGUGCUU